GGUGAUUCAACCAUCUAUGCCUUUGAGGUGACAGCUGAAGCACCAUAUCUGUGUCCUUUGAGCCACCAUCGAUGUGCUUCUCUACACCAGGGCCUCAGUUUCCUCCCAAAGAAUGUGUGUGAUGUGGUUGCAGUGGAAUUUGCAAGAGCCCUUCGCCUGACCAAUAGUUGCAUUGAGCCACUUUCUUUUACAGUGCCACGUGUAAAGACGGAUCUCUUUCAAGAUGAUUUGUUUCCCCCUACAAAAGUAACUUGGAAACCUACAAUGACUGCUGAAGAAUGGUUUGCAGGCAACAAUCGAAUGCCUCCACGUAUCUCACUGCAACCAGAUGGCAUGGAGUGUUUGUCUUCUGUACAAGUGAAUACUACAUCUGGACAGAGUAGUACCCCUACUGCACCCAAGGAGGCUGGACCAAAAGGAUCAGGGGUGCCUCUGCACUGGAGUAAAGACUCUGCGAAGGAGAAACAAGAGCAGAUUCAGCGAGCAGUUUCCAGUAGAAUGGAAGUGAAUAUGUCUUUAGAGCAAGACCACAUGGAAGGAGUGGAUGAGCGUGAGUGGGCUUUACAAGUGGAAGUGUUUAUUGUAUUGGAAGCUAUGUCUUCUGCAUGUGUCAUGUUUUGUGUGAGGAUGCAGGAUCAAAAUGGCCUUCAUCCAGUUCUGUCAUUGUAG